AGUGCCGCUAACGCUCAUGUCUUUCGCUAGCAUUCAAACUUAGAAGACUCCAAACUGAAAAAGUAUAGAGACGAAAAGUCUAGUCUCCCUAGCCCUGGAUACAGCCACUGAAAGUAUUUGGUCUAUUUCCUGCUCGGCAUUUUCCUACACACACUUUUGGCACCCUAAGUCUGGAUAUUCCUGGCCGAGUGGGGGCUGGUAUCUGCACCUCCGCGGCCUUGAUCCUGUCCUGGAAGGGUCUUGGGGUGGGGGUGAGGGACACGACGUCAACAUUGCUGCCUCCUGUGGCUCUCCCGGGAGAGUUAGCCACCCUGGGUCGGGCCAUCAAGAUAGGGAGAGGCGGGACAAAGCAACAGCAGCGCUCCGGUGGAUUCACCCGGACGUACUAUCCCGGGGUCUCCCCGCCUGUAAGGCCGCAAGGUCGCUGUGGGUCCGGGCCCCUAGCAGGCUGUCGGGGUCCGGGCAGGGGCGGGGCGCGCCGCGCGUUGCGUUUCCGGGAGGAGCGGCCCGUCUGCGGCAGGUGCGGCGGUGCGGCUCGCAGCACCCACUAGAGCCAAGAUUUACUCCUAUGGCCAGCCCUGGGCAGCCUGCGCCUGGGGAGGGCCAGCAGGAAGAGGAGACAGAAGGAGUUUCAGCAGGGCAUCGUGCAGAAGUGCUGAGGCAGGCCCAGGAGCUCUUUCUGCUGUGUGACAAGGAUGCUAAGGGCUUCAUCACUAGGCGGGACUUACAGGGCCUACAGAGUGAUCUGCCCCUUACGCCUGAGCAGUUGGAGGCUGUGUUUGAAAGUCUGGACCAGGCCCACACUGGCUUCCUCACAGCCCGGGAGUUCUGCCUAGGCCUGGGGAAGUUUGUGGGGGUGGAGUGGGCCCAAAGUGGGUCCUCCUUGAGGACUCCUGAGGAAACCUUUGAGUCAAGCACAGGGGGCUCUCUGGAAGAGGACGACGAUGUUGAGACAUUCUGCACUUCUUUAGAGAAGCUGGGAGUGGCCCGGGUUCUGGGCGAGCAAUGGGCGGUGAGGACACUCUGGGUCGGGCUGCAGCGCGAGCGACCCGAGCUGCUGGGCUCCCUGGAGGAAGUUCUGAUGCGCGCGUCUGCCUGCCUGGAGGCGGCGGCCCGGGAGCGCGACGGUUUGGAGCAGGCGCUGCGGCGGCGGGAGAGUGAGCACGAGAGGGAGGUGCGCGGACUCUACGAAGAGCUGGAGCAGCAGCUGGGGGAGCAGCAGCUGGGGGAGCAGCGACACCGCGGCCAGAGCCAGAAACUAGCCCGGGAGGAACAGAGGGGCCACCUGGAACUGGAGCUGCAGACCCGCGAGCAGGAGCUGGAGCGCGCAGGCCUGCGGCAGCGGGAGCUGGAACAGCAGCUGCAGGCCCGGACUGAGGAACAGCUAGAGGCACAGGCCCAGCACACCCAGCUGCGUAGGGCCUAUGAGGCCGUGCGGGCACAGCUGGAUCAGGCGCAAGAGCAGCUCAGCCGACUGGAGGGUGAAGCGCAGGGUCGUCAGGAGCAAACCCAAAGAGAUGUGGUUGCUGUCUCCAGGAACAUGCAGAAGGAGAAACUCAGCCUCCUAAGGCAGCUGGAGCUGCUGAGGGAGCUGAACCUGCGGCUUCGGGAUGAGAGAGAUGCCUGUGAGACUAAGCUGCUGGGCAGCAGUCACAGGAAGGCUCUAGCUAUUGCCCACAAGCCUGGGCCCACCUACUGCUGCUGCUGCUGUGGCUGGGCUCGGCCCCCCAGAAGAGGUUCUGGCCAUCUUCCUAGUGCCCGAUGACCAGCCCCAAAUGACUCACUGGAACUUUCUUAUGACCAGUUGGUUAUGUGCGGUGGUUGCCUGCUAAGUAUGUAGCCAGAAGGCAUCACUUGCCUGAAGGAGCUAACCUCUGAGUGGUCAAGACCUUCCGUCUCCAUCCUGUCUUCAUCUCUGUUUAGCGGACCAAUAAAGGCUACUGACCACUGUG